GCUUUAUUAGCCAGGAAAACCCGAGAAGUGUCAACGCAUCGUACACGAUCAAAAGCAUUAUUCAAGUACAUCAUUCAAAUCGUAAGUUGAGCCGAUCUGAGCUCGGUUUCGGUUUCCAUAUCGGCACACUAGCUCGUUUUGGAGAAUUGCACACAGGGCAGAACUGAUUCAGCUGGCAACGGAAGCGGCACGCGAUUAAAUCCCAGUGCAUUUACGAAAACAACUCAAAAUGAAGGCCUUUUUUUGGGCUUUUACGGUUUUAUUAAGCCUUGGCUCGCAGCAGAUAUUCGGCAAAACAUUAAGCAGCGACUAUGUUGAUCUCCUCGACUUCAGCGACAAUGCUGAGUUUCAAUGGGGCGAAUCCGAGAACCAGAUAUAUAGCCACGAAAAUCGGACUGGCGAGAACCAAGUCGUCAAUUUUCUGUCACGACAUCGCCUCAGUAAGCGGCAAGCUCCCACUUCGCAGUUGCUGGAGAACAAGGACUAUGGACCUUGUAGCACUCCUUUGGGUGAAUCCGGUCGUUGUCGCCACAUCAUCUACUGCCGCAUGCCGGAGCUUAAAAACGAUGUCUGGCGCCUGGUAUCCCAACUUUGUAUCAUUGAGAAGAGCUCCAUAGGCAUUUGCUGCACUGACCAGUCGACCAGCAACCGCUUUAGUCCGCAGAUCGUGACCAGUCCGGACAAGGAUGAGCCGCGGAUCGUCAAUAAGCCGGAGCAGCGUGGCUGUGGGAUUACGACCAGGCAGUUCCCGCGCCUCACCGGAGGACGACCAGCCGAGCCGGACGAGUGGCCCUGGAUGGCGGCCCUGCUCCAGGAGGGACUGCCCUUCGUGUGGUGCGGCGGUGUACUGAUCACCGAUCGCCACGUCCUUACGGCCGCCCACUGCCUCCACAAGAAGGACAAGCAGGACAUCUUUGUCCGUCUGGGCGAGUACAACACUCACAUGCUGAACGAGACGAGGGCCCGGGACUUCCGCAUUGCCAACAUGGUGCUUCACAUCGAUUACAAUCCGCAGAACUACGACAAUGACAUCGCCAUCGUCAGAAUUGACAGGGCCACGCUGUUCAACACGUAUAUCUGGCCGGUUUGUAUGCCGCCCGUGAACGAGGAUUGGUCGGAUAGGAAUGCCAUUGUCACGGGUUGGGGCACCCAGAAGUUUGGCGGUCCUCAUUCCAACAUCCUUAUGGAGGUGAACUUGCCGGUGUGGAAGCAGUCUGACUGCCGCGCCUCGUUUGUGCAGCAUGUUCCGGACUCGGCGAUGUGCGCGGGAUUCCCGGACGGAGGACAGGACUCGUGUCAGGGCGAUAGCGGAGGUCCACUGCUGGUGCAGCUGCCCAACCAGCGAUGGGUCACCAUCGGCAUCGUUUCUUGGGGCGUUGGCUGCGGAGAGCGUGGUCGUCCGGGUAUUUACACACGUGUGGACCGCUACCUGGACUGGAUACUGGCCAAUGCUGAUGUCUAAAUACAUAGAAAGCGCUGCCUGCAGUUCGUCAGUACAUUCAAUUUACUCGGCAUUAGCUUUAACAAAUGCUAUGGUCUAAAUACACUAAUUAACCUGAUAACGUUCGAUAUCAAUAAAAUCUAUGAACACCCGGAAAAAA